UAAAGCCAAGGUUAUAAAAACAAGUCACAUUUUUCAGAACUCCAGAAUUUUAAAAUUGCUUCUAAUUCCAGACCGCCCAUGAACUAACUUUAGACUCCUCAUAUUUACAAUCCCCGCGUGCUUAUUGUCGAGCAGCUGUUAAAAAUUUGAAUUUGAUGCUCUGGUAGAUGGUCAAGACAGUUGCUCCAGAUCAGAUAUACAAUGGAUGAGAGCCGAGGACGCUCAAAUCUCUUCUCGUUCUGCAAAACCAGAUCGUUAAUCUUCAUCUCACUGCAAUUAUUCUUUUUGAAAUUCCGAAGGCAGUUCAAAAUGGAAACAGCGAAUACAGUUGCAGUUAUCUCUCUCUUUUAGUAUAAAAAUCUGGAAAGCCGCAGUCAAAAAGGAUAGUGAAACGAAUAGCAGUUACCUGAAAGGAAGCGACAGUUAUGAUGAUGGACAUUUAUCUCUAAGUUAAGUCGGUCAGGAAAAGUGAAUUUUAGUUAUGGUCUAGGGUUUGAGCUCCAUAGAAACAAACAAUGGGGUUCACAGAUUGUUUGCGAGAAGAGUGCAGAGCAGAAGAAGAAGCGGCUUACAAUCCAUUAUCAAAGGAAUUAAGAUGCUUACGCAUGUGGCUGGAGGCCGCCAAGAUGCCAGCGGCUUUGUACCAUGUCAAACCCUGGGAAAUUUGCCAUCAGUCGGAAUAUCGAGUUCCGCGAAAUCUUGCAGAUGUUGGAAAAUUUGGUGCUUCUGAAAGUGAUCGAGUGUCGUCGGAUGAAAUGCGGGAUUUUUCAGAGCUGCGGGAGCCUGGUGGCACUGCAGAGCGGCUUAAUUUGGAGCGUGACAGCGGUGCGAGCGAAAUUCCGGAGUUUGUAUUAGUUAGAAAUGCUCUCUAUGCAUUACAAGGUGUUGAGUCAGCUGUUAAAAAUUUGGAGAACAUUUCAAACACAUUUUCUUCUCAACCUGCUGACAGGACUUCCCAUAGCAUUUCCAGUUUUUGGUGCAGAACAUCUAGUACAAAUGCUUUGGGAAAAUUGCUUUAUAUUAUAGCUCAUGCUGGUCAGAUCUAUUGCCAGAUUGGAAAAUUUGUGGCCUAUUUUUCAGGAAAAAGAUCAAAUAUUGAUGAGACUGUUGAAAGUCUUACAAUUAAUAAAGGAGAUGAAGUCAAAGGCAAGAGGAACAGAAAACAUCCGAAGUCUAAGGGUAAUAAAAGCAAGUGCUGUAUGACAGAGGAGGAGAUUGUCCCUGAGGGAGCUUUGGCAUCAUCUGCUCCCUUUAGCCUCGUUAAUCAAGCCUUUGCAAUUGCUCUCAGAUGCAUUCUUCAAGGAUAUCUUGCUGCAUUAAACACAUUGCCUGCAUCUGUUGCUCAUCGACGUUCAAAGAAACAUGACAGAAAACCUCAACUUACAUCUGUCUCUUCAUCAGAAGCAGGUUGUCUCACAAGUGUUGUUUCACAGGAAAUCACUCUUCUGGAGCUGUAUUUGCAUACUGGAGAAUUACGAACUCACGUUCAAGCACUUGGAGCUAUUUGUAUGUUGCCAGGGUAUAGAAGUGUUUCAGAAGCAGUACCAGUUGAAAAUGAUUUGGUUAACAAGGCAUUUCAGGAGUUUCCUAGAGGAGCAGAUUUGCUCACUUAUCUUUACAUUCAACUUCAGGAGGCUGAUCCAAUUCACCGUCCACUUCUGAAGUUUCUCUUUGCUCGUGCUUGCAGACCAUACUUUGAUUUCAUAAAGUCAUGGCUUUAUCGAGCAGCUGUCAAGGAUCCAUAUAAAGAGUUCAUUGUUGAGGCAUCAGAAAACAUGGAAUCUAAUUCAUGUAUUGGGAAAGGAUAUGCAAAUCAUUUUCCUGCCUCAAGUAUAAGGGUAAUGUUGAAGGUGCGUGAUGGAGUUUCUGUACCUUGUUUUUUGAAACAUGUUUCUACUCCUCUCCUUCGAGCUGGCCAGCAGCUUCAAGUACUUACAAGGUUGUUUCAUACUGCUAUGUUUGGAAAGAAAAUAUCACAUUUUUUGAGCAACUGCAUGCCUUCUGCUGCUUUGACUCAGUUAUCGAGUUUGGAAGCUAUUUUAGGCUCUUGGGCAUAUUUUUCAAAUGAGAAUGCAUUGCAUGAGCCUGUUUUAGUUUAUAGCAAAAGGAAGUUAGAGGGGUUGAUUCAAAAGAGGGAAAAGGCAAAUCGACAGAUGCUGGAAAGACUUGACAAAAUUUUUGUAGGUCUGAGCAAUAUUUGUAGGCAGAAGGGAUUCAUGGUAGCCCCUGUAAGCCAUGGCUCACAAUAUUUUCAUGGUCCAGAAGACUACCAAGGAAACUCACAGAAGGUUAAUGACCAGACAGAGAAAGGAGAUGCCAUGUCUGCUACUAGAACGUUAGAUACUCUGUGCAAAGAAGAACAUCAGGAAAACUCUUCCAAGUUCUUGGAGGAUGAUUUUCAAGGUGGAUUUGGAACAACAUCUGAAGCUAUAGAUACAGAUGUCUCCGAAUCAUCGAGUGAUGAGGAUAGCUGGAGUGAUAAUAUCCUUACAGACUGCACUGCAGUAUCGGGACACAAGUUAACGGAAACAAUAUUUGGGGAUCAAUUGCAGGAAAUACCUAGAGAAAGACUGGAUGUUAAAAAAAUGGGUAGGUCAGGUGAUGGGAAUUCACAAUCUUCUUUGAUCAGGAAGUCCAAAGAUGAUAAAGUUGUAAUAAAGGAUUCUAAUUGUAAUGAUAAAGUAGGAUCUGAAAUGUUUCUCCAUUGUGGAAUGGGAUGUAGAAACUGGGUUCCAGUUCCCUCAUCAGGUAUCAAGUUAUCAACCGAUGCAACUGAGAACAGAAAGCUUGAUUCGCUGAUUUCAGACUAUCAAAGAGGAACAAACUGGCCACAGAGUGGUCUUCCUAGAAAUCCAUUUCUCGUUGCAUUAGCAUGUGAAAAUAAAUCAAAUGAUUAUCUUUUGCCAGAUUUUUCUGACAGUGAUAAUGCAUGGGACAUUGCAUUUGGUAGCGCCUUGGGUCCUGUGCAGAGGUGUCACCAGGUUUCAGAGACUUCUCUAAUGAAAAAAACGUCUCUCCAGAGUUCUAAAGUGGAAUCCAAACCAUUUACGAUGAAAAGUUAUAGUGAUCAUGAAUGUUCAGAUUUUUCCAUUGUAGAUGGUAAUUAUUUUUUGGAACAUCAAAGUAGUUGCAGUUAUAUGGCUUUUCAUCCACUGCUGACAAGAAAUGCUUGGGGCCAUCUGCAGUAUCUUAUUCCUGAGAGGAGUCUUAGUGAGCGGCAGGCUAACAGUCUCCCUUACUAUGAUUUUUCUUCUGUAACAGAAAAUCCUGAAACUUUUGCAAAGAACAUGGCUUCCGAGGAUGUUGGAGUUGACCAUUCCUUCUUGGCUGAGCACCACGAGUACAUGGAAAACAGACAUUCCAAUAACAUUAGGAUGAUCAAUCAUGAGAAUAGAAGGACAAACCUGACAGAUGAUUGUAAACCGAGUUCUGAAAGUGGUAUUCUCAAAGAAACACAACCAUCUGGAGAAAUCUUUUGUGAACUUGACCAUAAUAACAUGAUUUACAGAAGAAAACUUGCAGAUACCGACAAUAAUUAUUUAAUGUCAGAUUGUUACAAAGAGGACAGCUUGUCAAAAGUGUUUGGGGGUGCCAAGUGGGAGACAUCUUUAGGGUAUUCUAAGAAUGAAGAAAGUUUGGAAACAGGAGAAUUUGAGGAAGAUUCAGAAAUUGCAUCAGAGAUUCCACUCGAUGUUGUCAUUGACAAGUGUAUUGUGCAGGAGAUCAUGCUUCAGUAUCAAUGCAUCAGUGAUUUUACUGUGAAGCUGCUUGAGGAAGGAUUUGGUUUCCAGAAACAUUUGUUGGCAUUGCGGCGAUACUUCUUCAUGGAAGUGGCAGAUUGGGCUGAUGGAUUUGUCACAUCUCUGUGCCAACAUAAAUGGUCUCCAGCAGGCAGUCAUCAGAGGUUGUUGGAGGUUCAGGCAAUGUUAGAAUCAGCCUUACAAAGGUCUUCAUGUGAAGGAGAUGAAUAUGAUGAUCAGCUAUAUAUUUACAUCAAGGAUGCUGGUGGAAUGCCACAUUCUGAAAAUAGCCUGCAUGUCUUGCCUAUUUCUACUGGUGCCUCUUAUUUUAUUAACACUAAUAGUAUAAAUGCUUUCGAUUUCAUAGGCCUGGGUUUCAAAGUGGAUUGGCCAUUAAACAUUAUUCUUAAACCAGAUGCUUUGAAUAUGUAUAGUUCUAUCUUCAGCUUCCUGAUCCAGAUCAAGCUGACCGUGUUUUCACUAAAUGAUAUCUGGAAUUGCUUGAGGGAAUUUGCACACUGUGUAAAUAGGAGCUGCAAGUUACCCCAAGAUAAAGAAGAGAUGGAGCAGUUUCGACUACUGAUGCAGCUUAGGCAACAGGUCAGUCAUUUCGUUGCAGCACUACAGCAAUAUGUUCAGUCUCAACUUUUGCAUGUUGUAUGGCACAAAUUCCUUCAUAUUCUUCGGAAUCAGGUGGGGGACAUGCUGGACUUGGAAUCUAUACAUAAAGCCUAUCUUUUGGAUUCUUUGCACAAAUGCUUUCUUGAUUCGGACAUGAGUCCUGUUAAGGAGAUUAUUCGCAACAUCAUGCAGUGUGUUUUGGACUUCAGGUCUUGCUUUGGUUGUAGAGCUCAAAAUUAUGAGGAAGGUGAACCAUUUGAGCUGACCAAUAGGAUCAAUUACUCCCAGGUGCUUGAAGUUAAAGCUACUUUUGCACGGAAUCUGAAGCAGCUAUAUGAGAGAUACAUAAAAUUCAGUGAACAAAGUGAAAUAUCACUCAGUUAUUUCUGGAUGUUCCUAGAUUACAAUGAAUUUAUUUCAAGUACAAUUUCAAAGAAUGUGUGAGGGCUCAGUGCAAAGGUGGUGAUUGAUAGACCCGACUUUAAAUUGCCUGUCCAUGUUAACUUGCAUUUCCCAUAAUUUUGAACUCAAAAUGAUCUCUGCACGUGAAGAAGCAAUUUCAUCUUCAAAAUGUUAUGUGGCUAUAAUCAAGCCUUUGAUUUCUUAGAGAAUCUUUGAAAAAAAAAGUUUUCCUUUAAAAUAGGAUAUGAUAGCAGUGUUAAAGGAAAAGAUGUCUGCACCAAAUUGUAGAUUUUUAAAAUCUGCAUCCAAAACACUUCUUGGGAAAGUUCUUAUUGUAUAAGGAUGAGUAUAAAUCAAUGAGAGAGAUCUAGAUUGUUGUGUAUUCA